CUACUCAGUUUUACUACUGUUACAGAGAAGUUUUUAAAAGCUUCCUCUAAUUUGUUCUCAAAUUCGGUGCAUAGAUCAGGAUUUUUUGUGCUAGUGGUAUUCAGGCGUGAUUUUCUUUUUUCCCUGUGAUGUGUGGAUCUUAGUUGGCAGCAGUCUUGACCGGCAGGACACUAAGUAACGUAUGAUCAGUAUCACAAUCCGCGCUUUGGUAGCUACGUGUCAGCAGUAUAUUUCCAAUGUCCUUUUUUCGUGUCAGUAUCAUAUCCAGCUGGUGCCAGUGCCCAGACCUAGGGUGCCUCCAUGAGACACAGUGCUGUGGUUUCGUUCUGAAAUAUGUGUUGGUAAUGCAGAGUUUAUGGUCAAAGGGCAAUGAAACAGUCUCCCAUGAUGUAACAUUUUAAAUGCGAUCUGUCUGAAAGUAUUAACUUUUGAAUCCACUGCUUCUCUCUCUGAGAAUUGUAUGCCUCUUGAAAAGAUAAAUAAUAAACUGGAUUAUAGUUUUAUUAGUAAGCUUAGAAUGGAACUAUGGUAGGCUUUGAUCCAGUAGUUAGAAACCACUUGUCUUCAACGGAUUUUGCCAUUGCUGGAGCUAUCAGUGGUGCUGUAACAAGAGCUGUGUCUCAACCACUUGAUGUUAUCAAAAUACGCUUUCAGUUGCAAGUAGAACCAAUAAAAAGGAAUGAGCACUCAAAAUAUAGUAGUAUAUAUCAAGCAGUUAGAUGUAUAAUAAAAGAAGAAGGACUUUCAGCAUUAUGGAAAGGACAUAUUCCGGCUCAAGCUUUGUCAGUUUUUUAUGGUAUUGCACAGUAUUCAUGUUUUGAAGUGAUGACUGUAGAAAUUUGGCAGUAUCUCCCAGAAAUGAUGACUACAACCUAUCGUCCAUUGACUCAUACAGUAUGUGGAGGACUGAGUGGUUGUAUAGCUUCAUUUUUUGUUUUCCCACUGGAUAUUAUAAGAACCAGAUUUGUUGCCCAGGGAGAGCCAAAGCUGUACAACAGUUUGACAUCUGCUGUAGUUUCUAUAGGCAGAAAAGAAGGACCAAGAGGAUUUUAUAAAGGUUUAUCACCAACUGUAAUCCAAAUAGCACCUCAAAUGGGCUUUCAGUUUGGUUUGUAUUCACUGUUCACUGGUUUGUGGAACAAAGCACAUGGAAUUUGGCCCACAGCUGCACCAGAGUCCUUGGAAGCUCUAGUGUGUGGUUCAGGAUCAGGUGCACUUGCUAAACUUAUUGUUUACCCACUAGAUGUUAUUAAGAAAAGGUUACAGGUUCAAGGUUUUGAGAAAGCUCGAAGGCCAUUUGGUGCAGUACACCAGUACAAAGGACUUUUUCAUUGUCUAGCUAGUUCAGUGAGACAGGAAGGAGUCUUAUGCUUGUACAAAGGUUUAUGUCCAAGUUUGUUGAAAGCAGGGUUUGUGGCUGGACUCAAUUUCUGUAUUUAUGAAAAUGUUUGCAAAGUCCUAGCGUACAGCCAUAGAACUAGUUCCAGAUAAUUAGAUCUGUAUUAUAGUGUAUAUAUUUAAUUUAUUUACUGGUAGUUUUUUUUUAAUUUGAACAAAUGAAAGACAUUAUACACUUAAUGAAUGACAUUAUUAUAUUUAGAAUAUACUUAGAUUUUGGUCUGUUUCUUGAUAACAUCUUGAGUAAGCAUAUUUCUUUCGUCAUCUCAUUUUUUUUUAAAACAAAUUUUGUUGACUUAAGUAUAAUAUUGUUAUUGAAAGAUUGAUUCUAUACAAUAUCAUUAGGGAGAGUGUAGCAAACAAUUUUAAUAAGUUAGUAUUAGAACAUAGCCUGGGCUGUUAGGUUACAUAUUUGUGGUGCAUGUUAACUCUUUGCUUGUUACUCUUCAAACAUCAAUAAUAAAUUUAAUAACCAAGUGUUAUUUUAUUUGGACUAGAAAAUUGGUCAUGGUGUUUUAUAUUUACCAGUUGUUGAAUGUAGUGGUUUAUAAAAUAAAAUGAACAUUUUGA